AUGACCGUUUUUGAUUUGACGGUGAUUAACUGCUCUUCGCUGGACGGACCGGGGAACGAAAUUGCCGGGAUCCAGACGAAGGCAGAGAAGAAGCAGAAGCAGAAGGCGAACCACCAAAAACCAACAAAACAACCUGCUGAAGCAAGAAUGGCGAUCGCGAUUGUGGUGCUUGGUGGUGGUGAUGAUUGUAACAACAUUCGAUCCGCGGUCCGUUUGGAAGCGAUGGCAACAUCCCUCGUCUCCAAUGGAAUGGUCAAUGAAGUGGUCCUACCGUUUACCGGAUUAAGAGAAUCUCGAGCAUUUAAAAUGUCUCUUUAUCUCGAUCCCAGAUUUACAUACCUCAGCAGCAAAAUAUUUAAUGCCGAGGAGAAGGAUCAAAUACAGGGAUACAUUCUGGAUACUUGGUCAAGAAUCUGCCAACUGAAUCAACCCGAGCCGAUCGAGAAAUCGAUCGAACAGGUGAUGAACACAAGUCACGAAUUUGAUGAUUUCCUGACCGAAAUGUCUGGUGGCUCAGCGCCUAAUAAUGACACGGAGAACAGGUCGUUCAUUCAACAACUGAAGGCGUUGGAUUCCGAGCCUCGACAGUCUCACGAUUACAAUGUCUGGCAACACUGGCUAGAACGUAAAAACACACAUCCAGAGCUUUACGGUGUAGCAAUGGUGGUCCUCUCAACUCAUUCUACACAAGUCUCGGUUGAGAGAAGUUUCAGCGCUCUUGCCCUUGUUCUUUCUGACCGUCGAGUAUCACUUGGAGAAGGGACACUAGAUAACACCUUGCUUAUCAAACUCAAUAAGGAACUACUCGAGCGAGCGAUGGUUGUUUUAUAUGGCUGCAAGGAUUACCCGUCGGUGACCGUUGCACCUAUUAUUUGA